AUGGAGAUGGAACGUAUCCUUACAAUCUUCACAGCCAUCGAUUUUUCAGGAAAUCAACUCCAUGGACCGAUUCCUGAUUCCAUUGGUCUGCUGAAGGAGCUUCUUAUUCUCAACUUGUCAAGCAAUGCUUUCACGGGCCACAUCCCAUCUUCUUUAAUCAACUUGACGAAGAUUCCUUCCGAGCUUGGGGCACUCUCUUCUAUCGAAAUGAUAAACGUUUCACAUAACCAGCUUGUAGGUUCCAUACCACAAGGCACACAGUUUCGAAGGCAAAAAUGUUCCUCCUAUGAUGGAAACCCCGGAAUUAAUGGUCCUUCCCUUAAGGAUGUUUGUAGAGAUAUUAAAGCCCCACUUGAACCGCUGGAGACAAAAGAAGAAGAAGAAGAAUCACUGAGUUGGGAUACAUAG